CGUCGCCAUGGCAACGGGGGGAAGCCGUUGGAAAGGAGCCGUUGAAGGGAGAAGCCGGUGUGGUUGGGUGAAGAAGGGGCUCGGGCAACCAGGCUUCCCCCGGUAACAUCUCCUUAGUGAGAGGAAGGACGGCGAAGACACCUUGAGUGGGCAGCAAAGAAGAGAAAGAGAGGAGGCACACCUCAUUUUGGGAAUUUGAAAGGUGAAAAAUUCAACACAUGUUGUAGGGGAGCGAGCAGAUAUAUCAACAGUGUUGUGGGCACCUUGAAAAGCAACGAACAACACUACAUCUCAGAAGUCAGGCAUAUAAUAGGAACACUUCAAAAUGCAUCCACUCAAUGAAGAACCUGGGUCAGGAGAGGCUGUUGCAGGGGAAGAGAAUGGUCAAGGGAUGAAAGACUGCAGGCAGGUGGACCCCUAUUCCAACAAUGAGGACAACUUCACAAAACCAGAACUACAGCCUCAACUCCCAGAAGGAGAACAAGGAACAGAAAAAGAUCCUGCCAAUGAGCAACUGAAGUCGGAAAUUAUUAGGAAUGACUGUGGUAAUGGAGAACCAGGCAAAGGAGUAAGGCCAGUCAGACUAUUCAUUUCACAUAGCAAAGCACCACAGAAGAGAGGCAGCUCUGUGACCAACAUACAUCAACAGAAUGAGGAAAAUAGAAAUGGUGACCAAAAGCCGGUGGCUGGCUCAUCCUGUGAACAAUCAAACAAACAAGGUGGUUUGAGAAUGACCAAAAAGAUACUGAGGGACCUCUGCAAACAGCAUAAAUUGUAUGUGACUCCAUCCUUGAACGACACCCUCUAUCUCCAUUACAAAGGAUUUGAUCGUCUGGAGAACCUGGAAGAAUAUACAGGAUUGAAGUGCUUAUGGCUGGAAUGCAAUGGCUUGACUAAGAUUGAGAACCUGGAUGCACAGACAGAUUUGCGUUGCCUUUAUCUGCAGCUGAAUUUAAUAAAUAAAAUUGAGAAUCUUGAACCCUUGGAAAAGCUGGACUCUCUCAACCUCAGCAACAAUUAUGUCAAGACAAUUGAAAACCUCUCUUGUUUGAAAGUUCUGCACACUCUACAGAUUGCUCACAAUCAGCUGCAAACAGUUGAAGACAUACAACACUUACAGCAAUGCCCAAGUAUCAGUGUCCUUGACCUGUCUCACAAUAGGCUAGAUGAUCCAAACAUUUUAGAUGUCCUGGAGACCAUGCCUGAUUUGCGUGUAUUGAACUUAAUGGGAAAUGAGGUAAUAAAGAAAAUUCCUUAUUACAGGAGGACACUUACCAUCAGAUUGAAACAUCUGACAUAUUUGGAUGACAGGCCAGUGUUUCCAAAGGACAGAGCCUGUGCAGAAGCCUGGGCUAAGGGUGGCCAUGAAGCUGAACAAAGUGAAAGAGAAACAUGGGACACAAAAGAAAGGAAGAAGAUCCAAGACAGUAUUGAUGCUCUUGCCGCAAUCCGGCAAAAAGCUGAAGAGAAGAAAAGGCAGUGGGAAAUAGAAGAAAGAGAUGGAACAUCAGCUGACAGUGAAGAAGAGGAAGUGCCAUCUUCAAGCAGCAGCACUGAGACAGACACUACAGGAAAGGACUCGUGUACUUUGGAAGUGUUGGAAACAAAGGAGAAGAUUGAUAAAUUUGUGAAGGAUAGCAUGGAUGCCCACAAGGAGGCUGUGGCUGAAGGAGCAAUCUUAGGAGAUCAGUCAGGGAGACCAGAGAGUGGUCAUAGAGGUCAUCAUGAACAGGAAGUACAAGAAUCGAGCUUUGACAUGCAUUCAGAUUUUACAUGCACUGCAGAAGAGAUGCCAGUAGAUAAGAUGGCUACACCUGGACUUUUGCUCACUGAACUUGCUGACCCUGCAGAGAUAGAACAAAUUAAGUUGGAUGUACCAGAGAAACUUUUUCUUGAUGAGCUACCUGAUUUGGAAGAUGUAGAUUUGGAAGUCUCACCAGGAGAGAUCUUCACUAGAAAGCCAAGUUCCCCAAAGAUUGAAGUGAUUUCUGAAGCAAGUGAUGGCAGAGACUACAUAGUUGAAAGAAAUACAGACACUUCUAGGAAUAUAGAGACAGAAGAGAUCCCAAUCUCUAUCUUUUCAAACGCAUGUAAGAUACCCGAAGUCUGUCCGAAGGAAGCCAUAGAACCCAUUGUAACAGACCUUCUAACACAACAAGAGGAAGUAUUGGAAGCCGAAGUACAACCAGCAAAACCCUUGAUCGAAGAGAUUCCAGGACCUUUGAAACCAUUAACAGAUGAUGAAGCAGAUGAAUUAAUCCCAGACAUUGUGAAAAACGGAGAGAGCCAUAUUGUAUCUUCUUGCACAGGGAAUAUCUCUGAAGAAGAUACAGAGCCGCAUACUCCUGAAAAUAAAUGAAGAAGUGUUGUAUGAAUUUAUAAAAUAGAAGCCAAGAUAUU